AUGUAUCCGUGUUCGCAACCUUCGGAAACAGUGGCGUUUCGGACGUCUUUGUCAAAGUAUUUUGAGACCUCAAGGUAUCACUCACUGUAUCCUUCGUUGAAACCCUCUCUGUGUGCUAGCGGUGGGAAAGCAAAAGCGAAGGAAUCGAUAACUGAGGUUGAAAGUUUGGCGACUGCUUGGUGGUGGAUGGACGUUGUGGUUCGCAAGUCUCUGCUAGAAGAAUGUUCCGGUUUGUACGCCUUUGUUAUCUGUUUUCACGCAUGUGCUGUUGAGGGGCUCUUCAACUCUAUGGCUCUCUUUCUCAGUCAGCCGUCGAUCUACAUUGAUCUCUUGGCCAAGUUCCAGUCAACUCGACAUUUGUGGUUCCGAAACGCGUCACUUCUCAUGCGACGACAAGGUGACCUAAAAUCAUUGCGCCACAAUCUCAAUUCGCAUGCUGGCGAAGGAACGUCACGAUACGACUCGACGCAAAAGCUGGUCUCCUUAUCGGACUCGAAGUUCAACGAUUUGGCGAAUUCAUCCUGGAGUGGCAAAGAAGGUCUCAAAGUCCUCCAUGCCCUCCUUGAAAUGGCCGCCCCCGAAAUUGAUGACACCAUGUACCCGGCUGUCAUCAGAUUCUAUCCAGAUGACGAGUUUUAG